AUAUGUAUGCCAAGUCUCAAUCCGAAUGUAACUUCCAUUAUCAAAAAGGUCAAGAUCAAUUUUAGACAACUUUACUUGGAGUGCAUUUGGGAAGACGGUUUUAGCGCUAUUAUGUAUUCUAUGCUUUAUCAUUUGUAGACAUAAAACAAGGAUAGAAGAAUCCUACAUUACCGAUAUAGCUUGAAUUGAGACCACAGAAUUCUAUAGUAUAUAUAGAAGCCUGUGAUUGUGACAUAUAGACAUGUAUGAACCGGAAAGUAUAUUAAAGAUUUAAAAAAAGUAUUACAUACAAUUUGAUUUCAUUACUUCUUAUCUAAAGAACAAUGAAGCUCACGGGGGUGUUAUACAAGCAACAUAUAGGCAGACAGCUUAAAAAAUUAUGGUAUGUGAAGCGAGAACGCAAAGUGAGAGAUACCAAAAUAGAAGGAAAGUUGUCGAAAUUGGGAAUUCAGGUGAAGGAUCCCUUAGAAGUGAUCAGUCCAAAACGGGAAUUUUCAAAGUUAAAGCUAGAAUUUUUGAAGCCAAGACCAAUAGUGUUUGACGAAACGCAUCCCGACUGGAAAGCUAAAGUUUGCUUGAUAUUUAAGGAUAAUAACGUUUUGCAAGAAGGAUUUCGUCAAGCACAGAUAUUGACGAACACUGUGUGUCUGCCGAACAGUUCUUCAAAUUAUAUCCAAGAUUUAUUUCCAGAUCUACCGGAACAUGUAGACAGCAUAGUAAAACGGAUAAUUUAUACUUCGAAUAUAUUUGAUGCUCAUCAAGAAAAACUACCAAAGAGGAAAGAUCCUGAAAGACCUGCAUGGGUGUUUCCUAGAGAUUAUGGUAUAACUAAUCGUAGAAAAAUGCAGAAUUUAUCUAGAAAAUUUUUACAACUUUGCGAGUCCUUAUCGGGUCCAGAGAUCGCACAGAAACGAUGUAUAUUUUAUAAUGGAAUCACAAAGUUAAACUUAGAUAAGGAAUCAGACCUUAUUCAAUUUACCCUAAGCUCAGAUGUGACGGUCAUGUCGGCAAAUCCUCUAAAACCAAUAGAAAAUUCUAACAGCAAUAUGGAAAUAGAUCUUCCGAAUAUGCAGCCACUGCAUCACACUAUUGGUUUGGACGAGACAAACUUCUACAAAACUGAGGAUAUGUAUCCUGUCAGUCCAACUAUACCUUGGAUAAACGUCCACACUAUUUUUGUGCAUUAUGACCCCGUUUAUGUGAGAAAUAAGACGGAAUUACCUGUGACACAGAGUCAGAUUUUUAGUCGCACUUUGAUAAAAACGUACACCAUGGCGGCGUCCUGUGCACGGCAAAAGUUUGGCUCAUCCGUGAAGAAACUACCAGAGCCCGUGACUGUGCAAUGUAUUCAAUCAGAUGGAAAGAAUUAUCACUUUUUCGUAUUUCAACUCAAUUCGUUAGACGCCAAGGACGUCAGUGUAAAAAAUUUCUGGUGUUCUUUACCGUCGUUGACGCUUUAUGAAAAAGCUGAAUAUGAUAAUGGUAGACCAGUAGUCGAAGGAUAUAAUCCAGAGGUAUUCAGAAGAAUACUUGCGCUUUACAGGAAUGGAAGUUAAAUAAAAUCUGUUAAAUAAAA